CAAAACUUGAAAACACACACUUUGUGCAUUGUGAACUGAAAAAUGCUAAUCCUUCCCAUGCAUUCUCUUUCCUCCUUUCCUUCUCUCGCCUCUCUCCGGUUUCAACCUCAAAACCGAACUGCUUCCCGCCGCUGCUCCGUCAGAUGCGCGGCCGCCUCCUACGGCGGCGAAGCCGAUACGUUCACGGCGAAGUCCGGCUACUUGUUCGAGCUGAGCGCGACGGAGGCGGAUUCUCUGGCGGAGUAUAGAAUAUCGAAAAUUGCGGCCAUUUAUUACAGAAAGCCUCUGGUUGUGGCUCGACGCUUGCUCCAGACCGGGUUCGCUUUCGGCAAGUGGUUCGGUCUUCGCUACCUAGACACUCUCUUUGACCGCUCUGAUGAAAUGUUUGAGGUUAGAGCUGCUGAGCUAAGGAGGAUAUUGGUGGAACUUGGGCCGGCAUAUAUCAAAAUUGCCCAGGCUAUAUCAUCACGUGCUGAUUUGAUACCUCCAUCAUAUCUAAAUGAGCUCUCACUGCUGCAAGAUCGAAUAAGUCCAUUUUCCACUGAAAUUGCUUUCAGUAUGAUAGAACAAGAACUUGGUUUAUCUUUGGAUGAAAUUUUCUCAGAGAUUUCACCGGAGCCUGUAGCUGCUGCAUCCCUUGGGCAGGUUUAUCAAGCUAGGCUUCGAAAAACAGGACAGGUUGUCGCUGUUAAAGUGCAAAGACCAGGAGUUCAAGCAGCAAUUUCCCUUGACAUAUUGAUAUUGCGUUUUGUGGUAGGAUUGAUAAGGAGAGCAGGCAAACUUAAUACUGAUCUUCAGGCAGUUGUUGAUGAGUGGGCAUCAAGUCUUUUCCGGGAUCUCGCCACGGGGAAGACGAUUGGUAGUGCUAAAGAGCAAGGUGGGCUGUACUAUCUGGUGUCACAAUCUCCUGCAAAUAAAGUAACAUAUCACAUCUUGAUGUCUCAUGGUCAAUCAACUGCUGAUUCUUUGAUUUGGCUUCAUCAUAAGCGCUUAGGUCAUCCUCCAUUUAGUUUACUCAAAUCUUUAUUUCCGUCAUUGUUUUUGUCUAAGUCUGUUGAGUCUUUUCAUUGUGAUGUUUGUGAAUUUGCUAAGCAUCAUCGUGUGUCUUUUCCUUCUAGUAUUACUAAGAGUGUUACUGAAGCUGUCAGGAUAACAUGGGUGGCAAGGAUUGAGCUAUAUGCCUCUCGGUCUGUUGUGUUCUGA